ACAGAGUUAUGUGCACACUGUCAUCAGGAGCUAAUGCUAUUUUCCAUCUAAAACUUUAACUUUCAGCCUCACUGCAGCCAACACAAUGGUCAACCUCGGUCUCACCAAAGUGGACGACGCGCUGGCAGCAAAACACCCGGGUUUACAGAGUUAUGCUGCCUGUCAGUCUCAUGCCUUCAUGAAGGGGACUGGGACAUUUAUACUCGGUGCUGGUGGUUUAUUUGCCAUUCAGAAACUUCUUCAGAAGAGACUUCCUUAUCCUCUUCAGUGGAACCUACUCAUUUCAAUAGUGGGAUCAUCAGUGGGAAGUUAUGCAGUGACUCGUUGGGAGACGCAGAAAUGCUCAGACCUUUGGAUGUUGCUGGAAACAGGCAAAGUCCCGGACAGAUCGCCACCGCCAGUUAUUGAACCAGAGGUAUCAAAGGGACCUCAGAAGACAAAAUAUGGUGACGUGAUGGAAUGAACAGAAUUUAAAACGAACUUGUGUAUCUACUGUAUAUAACUAUGCAUUUUCAAAAAAAUGCACUCUGGUGGAGAUGUUGGCAUAAGCUGACAGAGCACUGGGUGUGAGGUAGUACUUACUAUUCUCAACUGAAUCCCGUGUUCAGGUUUUUUUUCCCCACCUUCAUAUUUGCACCACAUACAGUAAAUGAAGUGUCAUUUUUUUUAAAUUUCAGAGUUGAUGGGGCUUUUGCAUUUCAUAACAGCAUUACUGUGUGGAUAAACAGAUGAGUUUCCCGAACCAGAGGUCAGGAAUUACUUUGGGUUUUUAGGUGGAAUCCCAUGUUAAGCUUGUGAUCCGGUAUUAUUAUUUGGACGUGUUUGUUUGACAUGCAACAGAAUUAAUGCAGCACUAGCAGAUUCAGCCACUAGUUGUCACUGUACACCUUGUAAGGUUUGCAGAGCUGAAUAUUGUUCUCACUGGUGAGAAAACAAAAUGUAUUUUCAAGCAUAUAUGACCUAAAGAACACAUUGAUAAUUUCAUAAUUGUCAUGUAUUCCUUGGACUACCACAAGUGGAAUGAUUUAUUCAACCUUUAAAAGAGAUGAACAUUUGUAGCUUUUUAAUAAAAUGCUCGGAGCAGCUGUGUUAUCCACAUGAAAUAAUUAUUUUUUGCUGCUUUGAGCCACUGCAUGUUCAUUCAUUUGUAUUCAGUUCAGGGAUGCUGUAAUGAACCCUGCCGUGUCUCAGGAUGACUUAAUAUUAAUCCUCUUUGGAUUUAAAUCAAUUUUGCAUGUGUGGAAAAACAAAUUGCACAAGGUUAGAUACUAAUUCAGAAUGAUAGCACGAUCAGGAGGUUAUGAAGAUGAAAGGAUGGGACAGGAAGUGUUGACGCCAUCUCAAAUUGUCACUGGAUUAGGGUGAAAGUAUGAAAUGUUCUGUGAGAAUCUACCUCCAUCCUGCAAAUAUCUGCCUUCUAAUGAUUGAUUUUACUCAUAAGUUUGCUUUUUGCAGAUGUGAAAGCAUCUUUGUCGUAGGAUAUUGUUUUAUUAUUCAAAAGAAAAAGGUUGUUAAUAAAAAGUGGAAUUGACACAUGAUUCACUGUAUAUUUAGCUUUUG